AUGAACCCACACGCCGACGCUUCUCUCUGCGGCGUGCUUGCUUUCGUGCGCGAUUCCGCCCGCUACGCAGUGGACUUCCCUGGCUCCGUUCGGAGCUCGACCUCUGCGGAGAGGCUGCCCAGCCUGCGGGGGAUGCACGAGCCCCCCGCGGACCCGCUCCUGGGGGCCGGCUCGUCGGCGGACGGACGCGGGGUGGAGCGGGACCCGGAGCGGACAGCAAGACCCGCGGGCGCCGGGAGCUCGGACCAGGACAGGAACGCAGGAAACGCCGCGGCGAAGCGAAACCAGAACCAGGGGCGGAACGGCGAGCGCGAGCCGCAGAUCUACCCGUGGAUGACCAAACUGCACGUGAGCCACGAAUCGGAGGGGAAGCGGUCCAGGACCAGCUACACUCGGUACCAGACCCUGGAGCUGGAGAAGGAGUUCCACUUCAACCGGUACCUGAGUCGGCGCAGGCGCGUUGAGAUCGCGCACACCUUGUGCCUGAACGAGAGGCAGGUCAAGAUCUGGUUCCAGAACCGGCGCAUGAAGUGGAAGAAGGACUCGAAGAUCAAAGUGAAGGAGUAACGCAGGCUGGUGGUGACCCCACCCGCCCCAGCGCCGCUGACCUCCGGAUGAACCGUGGCAGCAAUGACAUCAUCACAAAUUAGGCGUCAGUGACUGCGAUAUCGAAUAUCGUUCACUCUGGUCCAGCGUUCCACCUCAAAACGAAUUAGCGACGACGAGCCCGCGCUGAGUGACGGCCAACAAAGUUCGGACGGUGAAACGACACGUCACUCAUGAUGACGCGUCUGAGCGACGUCACUGAACAACUGCUGUGUGAAAUGUGGUCAGGUGCGGAAGUGUG